CAGUGGCCGUGAUAACCCCCGAGAGGAGUCCCUGGCCCACCUCUGCCCCGGCCAUCGCUCAGAGCCACGCUGCAGAAGCAGUCCCAGCGAAGCCUGACACGAAGGACGUGCUUGCUGCCUCCAAAGUAGAAAAGGAAGCAGCAAAACCCGAUGGGAGGCGGGAAGAAAUCCCACCGGAGAAAGCCAAGCCGGAGCCAGCUGAUGCAUCAAAGGUGAGGAAAACGCACACUGAGGUCACAGUACCCACCACGAAUGGUGACCAGCCCCAGAAAAGAUCAAAGAGGCUAGAUGGUGAAAACAUUUAUAUCAGGCAUAGCAAUUUAAUGUUGGAGGAUCUGGAUAAGACCCAAGAAGAAAUAAAGAAGCAUCAUGCCAACAUCAGUGAGCUGAAGAAGAACUUUAUGGAGUCCGUCCCAGAGCCUCGGCCGAGUGAAUGGGACAAACGUUUGUCCACUCACUCCCCUUUCCGAACCCUCAACGUCAACGGACAGAUUCCCACGGGAGCAGAUGGACCACCGCUAGUGAAGACACAGACGGUCACCAUCUCCGACGUCUCCAGCGCUGUCAAAAGUGAAAUUCCCACAAAAGAAGUCCCCAUCGUCCACACGGAGACGAAGACCAUCACCUACGAAGCUGCACAGACAGAUGGUGGCAAUGGCGAUCUAGACCCUGGCAUCCUGCUGACGGCUCAGACCAUCACUUCAGAAACCACCAGCAGCACCACCACCACCCAGAUCACCAAGACUGUAAAGGGUGGCAUUUCAGAGACACGGAUUGAAAAGAGAAUUGUCAUCACAGGAGAUGCAGAUGUAGACCAUGACCAGGUUCUAGCGCAGGCGAUAAAAGCAGCCAAGGAGCAGCACCCGGACAUGUCGGUGACCAAAGUGGUUGUGCACCAGGAGACCGAGAUCGCAGAGGAGUAG